AUGUUUGUUUUGGGGAGAGCCUCUAAGAGGUUUUCUGUGGUAAAAGAAAGCCGACCAAGACUAGUUGUAAUUAACAACAGACAAGUUAGAAGUUUUUCGGGGAAUUUUAUUAGAACAUCUAGAUACACAGCAUUGAACUUCAUACCAAAAUACCUUUUUGAGCAGUUUUGCAGACCUGUGAACUUUUAUUUUCUUGUAAUUUCUUUGCUUCAAAUAUUUCCUUCAAUUUCGUCAACAAAUGGAAUACCUACACUCGCAUUUCCUUUAGUAUUCGUUCUAUUUGUUGGAGCAGUGAAGGAUGGGUGGGAAGAUCUUAACAGACACCACAAUGACAAGAUUGAAAAUGAAAGAGAGGUUAUAGUUAUUAAGAGAUUUCCAUUUAUUAAUUAUAUUCAUGGAAGGACCUUAGCUUGUGACUUGGAAGAAGCAAAUAAGCCCAAGAACAAGAGCCCCUCUCUCAAACACGUGAUAUCUUUUAAGAAUGACACCAGUGAGACAUCAGAUUUAAACAAAUCCUGGUUCUUGGAUAUCGAAGGAUCAGAAAGGUCGACCUCCAGAGAGCUCAAAGUCGGGGAUAUUGUGAUACUGAGGAACCACGAGACGAUUCCUGCUGAUAUUGUUCUUCUUUCAACUUCUUCAGAGGAUGGAGACGUUUUUAUAGAUACUUCAUCUUUGGAUGGAGAGUCCAAUUUAAAAAGAAGGUUUUCUCACAAGGAGUCAACAAGAAUGCUUGGAAAUAAUAUUAAGGAUGUAAUUAAGAGAGCAAGAUACUUGGAAGGUUUAAUAGAAUGCUCACCCCCUGGAAAGGACUUGCAUAAUUUUGAUGGCACUGCAAUAAUAAGAUUGCCUCCUAUUUCCGAAGGCUUGGUUACCCAAGGAAACACCAUUACUCAAUUCCCAAUCAAUGUUGACAACAUUGUUCUAAGAGGAUGUAUCCUAAGGUCCACAGAAUGGGCCAUAGGGUGCAUAGUAUAUGCGGGACAUGAGUCAAAGAUUCAGAUGAACUCUUUGAAGCCUAGCAAAAAGAUGAGUAAUGUUGAUAAAUUUACAAACAGAAUGGUUUUGGUGGUACUAGUUAUUCUUUUUUGUCUUUGCUUGACAGGUUCUCUACUAACCUACAAAUAUAUCUCGGAUGGAGUGUUUGACAAACUUUCUUACCUCGGAGUUUCCGAUGUUAAUGAGACGUCUUAUAGAGCCACUGGCCAAGCCAUUCCAAUUUCUCUAGUCCCAGUGGUCAGAUUUUGCACAUGGAUUGUUUUACUAGCAAACAUUAUUCCAAUUGCUUUAGUGGUUUCAAUGAAGAUUGUAAAGGCAAUACAAGGUCAGUUCAUAUCCAGGGAUAGAGCCAUGUACGAUCCAGAGAAGAAAGCUUUUGUAGUUGCUAGAAACUCGGAUUUAAACGAAGAUCUUGGUCAAGUUAGGUAUAUAUUUUCAGAUAAGACAGGAACUCUUACAAGAAAUAUUAUGGAGUUCAAGUCUCUGGGUGUUGGAGGAGUUCACUACGGUUCAAUUGACACCUCUUCUUCAAAGGAUGAGGAUCCCAGUAUGGAUUUUGUAAUUCCUCAGGUGAGUAUCAGUGAUAAGAAAAUAUUUUCGGAUAUCAGAUCCAGGACAGAGCAGAGUCUUAAAAUCGGAAGUCUCCUGAUUAAUAUUGCAAUUAAUAACUCCAUAAUGAUUGAAAACCAGGGUGAGAUGUAUAACUUGUUAUAUAAAUCAGGAAGGAUAGAAUCUGCUUUCUUUCCUGAGAAUACAAUUUCAAUUACAAAUAAUACACCAAACUUAAAUAUUACUUCAAAUACCAAUACCAAGCUUAAAUCUAGGCUUGGUUCUAAUUUUAGGACAACUCUUAAGUCAUUUUCGAGCCAAAGUUCCAAAUCCAGUUCUAAUAACGGCUCUAACUUCAGACAAAAAAUGAGUUCUAAUUUCCCUUUAUACUCAGCUCAAUUCCCAGACGAGGCCGCAUUAUGCUAUGGAGCUCAGUACUUGGGGGUUUCACUUUUAUGCUUAAACCCAAAAACUAAGCAUAUGAUAUUGGACGCUUUUGGGGAACUUUUGGAUGUGGAAGUACUUGCAAAGAUUCCAUUUAACAGUGAAAGAAAGCGAAGCAGUGUUGUAGUAAGAAUAAAGAGACUGAACUCUAAACAAAACGAUAAGGAUUUUGGUAUUAUCUCUGAACUUUACCGAGAAAGGAUCAUGGUUUUUUCAAAAGGAGCAGACUCUACAAUGCUUCCUUUGCUGUUGCAGUCAGAUAUUGAAAACUUUCAGAAAGAUCUGGAUAUUGGAAACAAAAUGGCUAAUCAGGCUCUGAGAGUCCUUUGUAUCACUGAGAAGGAGAUUACAGAGGAGGAAUUUGCUAAUUGGAACAAAAAAUAUCAAGUAGCCAUAAAUAGUGUUGAAGGAAGAGAAUCAUCUCUACAGGAAGCCGCCUCCUUGAUUGAGAGAGAUCUUAAACUUCAAGGUGUAACGGGAGUAGAAGACAGACUACAGGAUGAGGUACCCGAAACUAUUAAAUGCUUGAGAGAUGCAGGAAUCAAAAUCUGGAUGCUUACUGGAGAUAAGGUUGAGACUGCCAGGGAAAUUGCUGCUUCAGCAGGACUACUAAUUCCUGGAUAUGAAAUUCUAGAACUUACAGAGAAUACAUGUUCUAACAGAUCUGAAAUUAAAAAAAGUCUUUUAAGUAUCAGCAAAUCAGUGGGGAUAAAUUUUGAAUUGGAUAAGAGUGAAAGAUUUUUAAGGAGAGUUAAACCCAGUAGUUCAAACUCGGAGAAGGAGACUAACUUCUCAAUUAUCAUUGAUGGGGCAAUUCUAGCAGAGAUUUUCUCAGGAUCACUUGCAAACAGUGAUUUUACUUCUGAAUGCAAAAGAUUUGAAGAUAUAAUCUCUAGCAUAAGUUCCAUUGAAAAGUUAUUUGUACAAAUCUGCUGUAAAUGCCAUACUGUAAUUUUUGCAAGAUUUGCACCUUCACAAAAAGGAAACAUAGUCAGAAUUGUGAGGAAACAUAUGGAUGAAGUGACUCUAGCAGUGGGAGAUGGAGCAAAUGAUUGCAAUAUGAUUCAAACAGCCAAUAUUGGAAUAGGAAUUAGAGGACUUGAAGGUAACCAAGCAUUUCUGACUGCAGAUUAUGGAAUCACGUCUUUUAAGGACCUCAAGGUGUUACUUCUUGUCCACGGAAGGCUUGCAUAUAGAAGGAUAUGCAAGCUUGCUUUAUAUAUGUUUUAUAAGAACCUGACAGUUAGUAUUCCCGUCUUUAUUUAUGGGUUUUUCACUCUUUGGAGUGGAACUAGACUUUAUUUUGACUAUUGGUACCAAGUAUAUAAUGUGAUCCUUUCUUCAGUUCCGAUCAUUGUAGUUUCAGUAUUUGACUUUGAUGUUACCAAAUCAGAAUCUCUUUCUAAACCACACUUAUACAAAUAUGGUUCCGAAAAUAGGUUUCUAAAUUUGAAGAUCUGCUUAAUUUAUUUACUAGACUCAGCCUGGCAUAUUUUCGUUAUCUUUACAAUCCCGUACAUUCUCUUUGGAGUGAACAGUACAAAUAUGUUCGGCUCAAACCAGUCUAUAGUAGGAGCUACAAUUUACUAUUUGGUCAUUUUAGUUGUAAACGUCAAGGUAUUAUUAAUGGCUGACCACAUCCACUACUUACUUGGUUUUGCCGUGGCAUUCUCAUUAUUUAGUUGGGUUUGCACUCUUUUUAUUUGUACAGCUUCUUUUACAAUUGGAAGCGAUGUUUAUACGCUCUGGAUCCCUUUAUAUAAUAACGUUCUUCUUUGGAUUACCCUAAUCUCUGGGCUUAGUAUUUCACUUUGGCCAGACUAUUUUGUCAAAGUUCUCUUCAGUGAGUGGCCCAAAGUAGAUGAUAAGUAG